AUGCCAUCACCUCGUCCCACCCAUCAAAUCCUUUGCUAUUUGACCACUUCCGACAAGUCGGUCAAACCUCGUUCAAUCACAUUAAAUAAUUCUGUUCAUAAAGUGGAGGAUAGUGCAUAUGCUUCUGAAAAGAAGUUGACAUUCUUCGUUUCAAGACACAUUUAUCGAAAUAGCUCCGUUCUAAUGUCUUGCUUACCAACAGCUUCACGCUCAAGUUACCCAACCGAUCAUAUUCUACAUAGUACACGGGAUAGAAAAAUUAAAAAGCCUAUGAUGGAAAAGAUGAGAAGACAACGUAUCAACGACUCCUUGAACAUUCUCAAAGAUUUUUUGCUUCAAUUCGCUCCUCACGAUCGUGUUACGAAACUAGAGAAAGCUGAUAUUCUUGAAAGAACUGUCGUUUGUAUAAGGCAACUCCAACAACAGCGUGGUAUUCCUCAAGACGUAAUGAAAGCUCAAGAAGCUUAUGAAAAAGGAAGAGGAGAAGGAGUAGAAGAAGGAUUCACACAAUGCUCGAGAGCUGUCUUUACCUAUUUAGCUAUGAUGAUGCCUCCUCAGUCUGAUACCCGUGCUCAACAGUUUCACCUAGGACUUGUCACCCAUCUUAGAAAUUCUAUGCUCCAAUCGAAUCCAUCUUUAUUGAGAGGGGCAACCCCACCCAAUGGGUGUGGGAACGGCAACGGAAGCGCAUUUUCUUCAAUAAAUAAAUGGACUCCUUUAACGCCAACGUCGUCUCCAUCUGAGCCAAUAGGAUCUCCUAAUGAUCGGAGGAAUGUUUCACCUUGCCAUUCUGAAUUGCCGUCAAAACUAGAUUCACCCAUCAGACCUUCUCCACGAAAGACAGUGUGGCAACCUUAUUUAUGA